AUGUACACGCGCUUCCUCAGCGGCCCCUUUGGGCUGCAGCCCAAGGAGAACAUGACCUUCACCUUCACAGACCUGGAUUCGGCUGGGCAGGCGGCGCAGGUCUUCUCCGCGCACCAGUGCUGGCUGGAGGCGGUGGGAGGUGCCUCUGCGGCGGCAUACGUCGACUGCACCAGCCCCGUGGCGCUGCCCGCAGACACCAAGGAUGGCUCUUACCACUUCCACGCCCGCGUGGCUGGCGCCAAUGGCGCCGCUGGCACCGAGGCGCUGUCCACGUUUGAGGUGGACUCGGUGCCGCCUGAAGUCAGCAUUGCAGAGCCCCCCGGCGCCCCCUCGUCCCCCAUGCUGCGCUCCAACGCCACGUCGGUUGCCUUCAACUCCAGCGAGGAGGGGGUGUCCUUCUACUGCGGGCUGUCGCGGAGCGAUCCCGGCGCCCCAGCGCCGGCGGCCCCUGAUGCAAGCGCCUACUAUUGGUGCACAUCCCCGGCUGCCCUCACCAACCUGACAGACGGCAACUAUAUGUUUGCCGUGUACGCUGUGGAUGGUGUGGGCAACCAGGGCAAGCCCGCCACCUCUACAUUUCUUGUGGACAUCACGCCCCCCGCCUUCUCAGACAUCAACGUACCCACCGCCACCGCCCAGCCGGAGAUAACCGUCGCCUUCACCGCCACUGACUCUGGGUGA